AUGGGUCUGGGACCUUACAGUGAUAUGCUUGUUUUGAACCACACAUCAGAAGGAGGUAAGAGUAGGCAGAGAGCUUCAUAUACAGCGAGAACUCGAGUUCAAAAGCGAAGCCAAUGAUGCAUGUCAUUGUUUCCUGAUCUGCCCUCCUUCAGGAAACAUGGCUAGGAAACAUUGUUCUUGGUUUGUUCACCUUCAGGAAACGUGGCUAGGAAACAAUGUUUCCUGGUUUGUCCACCUUCGAGAAACAUGGCUUGGAAACAAUGUUUUUUGGUUUGUCCACCUUUGGAAAACAUGGCUAGGAUUUCUGGUUUGUCCACCUUCAGGAAAUAUGGCUAGGAAACAAUGUUUCCUCGUUUGUCCACCUUUGGAAACAUGGCUAGGAAACAAUGUUUCCUGGUUUGCCCACCUUUGGGAAACAUGGCUAGGAAACAAUGUUUCUUGGUUUGCCCACCUUCGGGAAACAUGAUUAGGAAACAAUGUUUCUACAAAAAUGCUUUCUGGUUUACUCUCUAACUUAUAAAUAACAACGAAAUAAGAUUCAAAAGAAUUUAUUAUUUAUACUUUUUUAGUUCCCUCAGCAGCGCCUAGAAAUUUGACUGCACAGAAUACUUCAUCGCGAAGUAUCUUACUUCAGUGGAAGUCAGUUUUGUACGAAUAUGCAGACGGAAUUAUCCGUGGGCAUAAAGUUUUCUGGCGUUUGGCAGAUAUCUCUGUGGAAAACAAUCCCGAACCUUGGGAAGAAAUGUAUGUAAAUGGUACCCACAACACAAGUGUGGAAAUUAAAAAUCUGGAAAAAUUUAAAGACUACGAGUUUAAGAUUUUAGCAUUUACUUCCGUUGGAGAAAGUGUGACAACCGAAAUUGUUAUUGCAAGAACUGAUGAAGACAGUAUGUAUAAUUUUGAUUCGCAGAAG